AUGAGGUGGUGCAGGUGGCAGUUUGUGGGUCUCAGCAAACAGAAAGCAGAGGAACUGCUGAUGCUCCCCCAUAAUCACGCCGGAUCCUUCCUUAUAAGAGAGAGCGAGACCUACCCAGGUAGCCACACUCUGUCAGUGCGUAGGAGCAGCUCGCAUGAACGCGCUUCUGUCAAACACUACCGUAUCAGCUGCAUCGAGAACGGCUGGGUCUACAUCUCUCCUGGACUCACCUUCAGGACCCUCUCCGACCUGGUUGCACACUAUUCAGAAGUAUCGGACGGGCUGUGCUGUACUCUGGGGGAGCCAUGCUACAUCAUUGGAUCCAACAACGUUCCUGUGGUAACCGGCCCGCCUCCGGUUGCCGUGAAGAGGCCUACUAUAAACUGGAAAGAUGUGGACAGCUCCAUGAUCUUCGGGCAGAGAAAAGAUGGUGCAGAGGACUCCAUAGUGAGCGAAGGCCUGAAGGAGGCCAUUAACUCGUACCUCUACAUGACGGAGGAAUGUGAGGACUGCUCUCAGCUCUGGGACACAUGAUUGGAAGACUGACAUGAAACUUGAAUGACCUUGGACUCUUGAUGCCGUGAUAUGGGACAAAACACUUUACAGAAACCUAGAAACUCAUUUUUCGUGACCCAGACGCGGGAAAUUAACCAAAAAUGCAUCUUAGCGUCUUUUUUCAUUCGUGAAUUUCUGCGUAAAAAUUGUUCAAGAGCGAAUGCGGCGUCGGAUGAAGUUCGCGGAGACACGCACUGACUCAUUGCUGUUCUUGCAGAGUGGGUGCUGGAGACAAAGAUGUCAGUUUCCUGUGUGGACGCGCUCCUGGUGGACAUGAAAGAGAAAACAACUGAAGGAAAGAACGAUGGAGGGGUGGGUGAGUGGGAGGGGGAACACAGCUGGGUGGCGUACUCAUCCAUUUCCACUCCACUCACACUUUCUGGAACUUUAUCAGUGUCGUGCUUAUUACAAAUGUGAUCACAAUCAGAGAAUGAAAGAAGAAGCUUCUUAUUAAUGGUACCAGAGUUUGAUGUCAUUUUUUGUUGAAAAUGCCCAACAAAAUACGUAUUUAUGACUUAGAACAUAAAUGUUGUGUAACUCUGUAAAUACAUACAGUUGCUUAAAGAGAUAAUAAAGACCUGAAAUGAAAACUGUCAUUCCAAACCUGUUCGAGUUUCUUCUGUGGAACACACAAGAUCUUGUGAAGAAAGUUGAUUACCAAACAGCUUCAGUUCCCAUUGACUUUAAUUGUAUGGUUAAAAAAUAUAAUGGAAGU